AAACACGUUAUGUAAGUAUUUGUGAUGUUAUGAGUGUUUGGUCUGUGUGUCGCAUCGCACAGUCAAAUUAUAUUUUCCGAUCAUCAAAAGACUUGCUGUUUCUCAUUCAUUGUGCGCGUUCAUUCUUGGUUCGUCUUUCAAACAUAGUAAACCUCAAGUUCAGUCGAAUAAAUAAAAAUUAUAUCAGAGUGAGGUCAGAACACCAGAGUAUCAUCUCUCUUUGAAAUGAAGUGCAAAUUAUCUGUAACAAAUGAAACCAAAAUGUCGUCGGGCAACGCAGGAAUGGAAAAACUCAUUCCGACUGUGAACAAAUUACAAGACAUUUGCUCACAGAUGGGCACCACGUUGCAGUUUGAUUUACCGCAAAUUGCGGUCAUCGGUUCUCAAAGUGCUGGGAAAAGUUCUGUGUUGGAAAAUUUCGUUGGGCGAGAUUUCCUACCACGCGGAAGUGGUAUUGUAACUCGACGCCCUUUGAUCCUACAGCUGAUCAACAGUAACGAAGAAUAUGGUGAGUUCCCACACUGCAUGGACAAAAACGAUGACAAAAGCUACAGAAAGUUUACCAGCUUCGAUGAAAUCCGAGCCGAAAUCGAAGCGGAAACCGAUCGUGUAACCGGCACGAACAGGGGAAUCUCCAGCAAACCGAUAAAUCUACGCAUUUAUUCGCCAAAGGUGUUGGACUUAACGCUGGUCGAUUUACCGGGCAUCACCAAAGUUCCUGUCGGCGAUCAACCGUCUAACAUCGAACAGUUGAUCAGAGAAAUGAUCCUUCAGUUUAUUGAGAAGGAAAAUUGUUUGAUUCUGGCCGUUUCACCAGCUAAUUGCGAUCUGGCUAAUUCCGACGCUUUGAAAUUGGCCAAAGAGGUCGAUGAAGAUGGUCUCCGAACGAUUGGUGUCAUCACAAAACUUGAUCUAAUGGACGCGGGCACCGAUGCUCGUGAAAUUUUCGAAGGCAAACUGUUACCAUUGCGUCGUGGAUACGUGGGUGUUGUGAACCGCUCCCAGAAAGAUAUUGACGAUAAGAAAGAUAUCGACGCAACGCUGCAAGCAGAACGGGAAUUUUUCCAGAGUCACGUUUUCUACCAGCACAUGGUCGAUCGUUUGGGUACACCGUUUCUGCAGAAGAAACUGAACCAACAGCUGAAAGAGCAUAUCAGCAAAAAGAUGGAAACGUUGCAGGAAACAACUCGAUUGCAAACGAUUGCACUGGAAAGGGACAUUGAGAAAUACAAAGCUUUACAUCCCGACGACUCAGGCAGUGUUAAAUCCGUGAUGCUCAAUUUGAUCAAGCAGGUGCAAAAAGGCUUCGAAAAGGAGAUGGGCUCGCUUGGUUCGAAUGACGUGCACACGGACCGAUUCUCGCACGGUUCCACAAUCAGACGCAUAUUUCAUGAAACUUUGCCCAACGAGAUCUCGAAAAUCGAUUACGACGAGGACGAUCUGCGACGUGAAAUUGUCUAUGCGAUCGAAAACUUGUACGGAAUCAACGGUGUGUUGAACACACCGUUCAAAGCAUUCGAAGUUCUCGUCAAGAAGCAAAUCGAACAUCUUGAGCAGCCGAUAAACAUGUGCAUCGAGAAAGUGAUCGACGAGUUAUCCAGGGCGGUUAAAACGUGCACGCAACGAGUAUCCAGCCAUCCCAAGUUUCGGGCUCACAUCGAAAAACAGAUUUUGGAUUUCGUUCAUUCGAAUGUUAAGCGAAAUCGGUCGAAAAUCCUGGCACUCGCAGAAAUGGAGUCAUCCUACAUGAACUCAAUGCAUUACGAGUUCAAGAACGAUAGACAAAACGGAAUGGCGGAGAAACUGGAACAAAUCGCUGACAUGUUUGAUGAGCUCAAUAAGCAACAGAGAAGGGCGUUAGCCGAUCGUACAGCCGACUAUAUGAAGAAAGAAGUUCUCGAACAGAAAGAGAAAAGUGACGUCAUCUUCGAGGGAGAGUUGACUUUGACAAACUUCGACGCUGAAUAUCACUGUGUCUUGCGAUCGGAAGAUUUCGAAUUGCGUUGUUUGAAAAUGAAACCCCCGGUCUUUGGUAGCUCUUCUAUUAGUAUCGAGCUUGACGGUUUGAAAUUUCGCAUCAACGAUGAAGAUGAUCAUUUUACCACAAGCAAAUCGCAAAUCGUUCUAUUUAGAACUGAUGGGGCAGUUCUACACGCUGAUGUGAACGAAAUCACAUUGUCAUCCAAAAGCGCUACCAACAUUCGCCGAUGGACAAAAUAUCUGGCACGUGUGAUCGAGCUAGAUGACAAGAACCGCAUGGAUGCACGUCAGAAAGACAUCGAUCAGGCAUACCAUCAAAUCACCUCAUACAUGAACAUCAUCAAAAAGACACUGUGUGACAUGGUGCCGAAGGCCAUUACAUUGUUCAUCAUCCGGGAGUUGGAGCAUUUUGUCGAAACGAAUCUCCUGAUCAUAUUGCUGGACAUUCUCAACGAUGAAAAUCUGAGCAUAUUCGAGGCGGAAGAAGAAGAUGUUGCAGAUUUCCGGAAGAAGAUGAAAAUUUACGAAACAUGCAAGGAAGCAUUGAAAGUGAUGAUGGAAUGCAAUGACUCUUAGUGGAUGCAAUUUUUUUGGCUGCACGUCCACCAUCCGAAAUAAAACGAAAUGAAGAAUUAACCACUACACCCUGCUGGGCAAAAAUCCCAAAAUUUCAAUUGGAAUAAUUUCCAAAUUUUAACACAACAGACACAUCGUAAGCGAUGUUAUCACCAAAAAUUUAGUGUUCCAAACUAAAAAACCUGAAUUUUCAUAUAAUAAAAGCAGCAUCUACGGCGUUGCAAUUGAUUUA